AUGUGUUCGCGUUUUGUCAUGGACUAAUACCUAUGGCUUAUAAACGAUCAUGGCCCUCUGGCUCAUUUGUGAUCUGUCAUAUUAAUCUCGUUGAACAUUAUGUCUUGCUCAUUUCCAAGUGCCGAUGCUGAUCCCCCCAUCGACCCGGAGGCCGAUGCGGACCUCUAUAGUGAUGAGGAUUACUCCAGCGCAGUCAGUACAACGACGUCUCUGUCGUCAAGUAUCUUAAACUAUCAAUACGAGAAUGGACGGCGAUAUCAUGCAUAUCGCCAAGGCGAAUAUGUCAUUCCAAACGAUGAACGAGAACAAGACCGAUUGGACCUGGGCCAUCACAUAUGGACUCUCGCACUGGGCGGAGCACUAUACCAAUCUCCCAUCUCGGAGAAUCCACAAAGAAUCUUAGACUUGGGAACCGGAACGGGCUUGUGGGCAAUAGAUAUGGCUGACCAAUAUCCGGAGGCGGUGGUCAUCGGAACGGACCUGAGCCCGAUCCAACCUUCAUGGGUCCCGCCGAAUUGUGUCUUCGAGAUCGACGAUUUCGAACUUCCUUGGAACUUUACCCAACCUUUCGAUUUCAUCCAUGCCCGGGGCAUUGAGGGAUCGGUCAAGGACUUCCGACGACUCUUUCGCCAAGCACAUCGGAACCUUGUACCCGGCGGCUGGUUUGAAGUAAUGGAGCCUACCGUUGAUAUCUUUUCCGACGAUGAUAGUGUUUCGAAAGCACCGAAUUUAUCAGAAUGGCGGGAUAGACUGAUAGAAGCGAGUGGGAAGUUUGGGAAGCAAAUGGGAUCGGCGAAGAAUUAUAAGCAGUGGAUGAUCGAGGCUGGCUUCAAGGAUGUGACGGAGGAAAUACAUAAGGUGCCUUUCUCGCCGUGGGCAAAAGACCCAAGGCUAAAGGAGCUGGGACGGUACCAGCAAGCCAAUAUGUUGGAGGCUCUUGAUGCGUAUUCAUUGGCGCUGUUCACUCGAUUCUUGGGAUGGAGUGUUGAUCAAAUUCAAAUGCUCUUAGUAGGGGUCCGAACAGAGUUGUUGGACAGGAGGCUACAUAUAUAUUCGCGGUACUAUUUGGUCUACGGUCGGAAGGAGUAGAACUCGUAGCGUUGGACGUGUCAUAUAUGGGAUGCCUUUUCCUGCUGCUUUGACAGAUAUAGUGUAUCCAUUAUCUUCUGCGCUUAAGCACAUUACCGCAAAAAUAACAUACGAUCCAUAAAACCCCCCGCAAAUGUUUGUAGUUUUAAGGAGAACAAGACAAGAGAAGCUAGGUUAAUGGACGUAUGGGGGUCCACACACGCGCAUACUCCGUGAUACGGUUCAAGGUCUUUGGUGCACAGUACCAAUCUAAGCACUCGACAGAUAGCGCCAGGUGAAGCCCUUGACAAUACUGUGGGAAUACUGCUUCAUGCCUUUGUUUGACUAGUAGAGUUCAAAUCAUAUCUCCAGGUCAUGUGAUCGCACCUUAUCAUUGCAUUAGUGGCUGCACUUCCGUGUACUGGCAUUCUUGCGGUAAUGAACGUGGAGAUACUUGCCGGUUUGCCCUAUAGGUGGGGUUGGACCGGGAUCAUCGCCGAGCAGCAGUGGAUGAUCGAUGGGAUGACAUGUACAGGCAUGGAGCUAGCCGUAAUUAGAAACAUGAUUCAAACGCUCAAUUCGAUGUCGAAAGCUGUAGACAAGAGAUUAGCAGAGGAAAGAUCGAAC